AUGUGGGAGGAGAACUUCGAUUCAGAACAUGAGGUUGGCGGUAAGCUCGACUACUCGCCGGUGUCCUGGCGGGAGUAUUUUGACCAGAUGGAGAACGUGUUUAUAGGACGGGCCGACAGCAGGGACGUGUUCAGGAUUUAUAAAUCAGGACAUGAUGGACCACUGCUGGUUCUGCUUCAUGGAGGAGGACACUCGGCACUGUCCUGGGCCGUCUUCACCAAAGUCAUCGCCAACAGGGUGACCUGCAGGGUACUUGCCAUGGACCUCAGGGGUCACGGUGACACCCUGGUUCGCCAAUCCGACGACUUCUCUACUCAAACCAUGUCCAGCGAUGUAGCCAAUGUGAUUGGGGCAUGCUACGGUGAGACUCCUCCCCCCAUCGUCCUGAUUGGCCACGGUGUUGGCGGGGCGAUCGCAGUGCAUACAGCCAGCAACAUGCUGCUACCAACCACUGUGGGCCUGGUGGUGAUAGACGUUGUGGAAGGCAGUGCGAUGGAGGUUCUCCACAGCAUACAGAACUUCCUGAAGGGAAGACCCAAGUCCUUCAUGUCCAUGGAUCAAGCUAUUGAGUGGAGCGUCAAGAGCGGACAAAUCAGAAACCUGGAAUCUGCCAGAGUCUCAAUGGUCGGUCAGAUCAAAAGAUGUGAGGUGGAGGAGGCCGACACUUCGGAGCACGCCGGCCCGGUGACCGACGUGGUCGUCGAAGGUAACGAAGAGUUUUACGAUCAGAGCUACGUCAACGACAAGGAAAACGCCGCUUCAGAGAGUGUGUACAUGUGGCGUAUAGAUCUGUCCAAGUCAGAGAAGUACUGGGACGGCUGGUUUAGAGGAACCUCCAACCUCUUCCUGGGCUGCAAUCUGCCCAAACUCCUGCUGCUGGCUGGAAUCGACCGGCUGGACAGAGACCUGAUGAUCGGCCAGAUGCAAGGUAAAUUCAUGAUGCAGGUGCUGCCCCCCUGUGGACACGCAGUGCAAGAAGACAAACCAGACAAAGUCGCUGACGCUGUGGCCUCUUUCCUGCUGAGACACAAGUUUGCUGAAGCCAGAGGUGAAACCAGGAGCUCCAACUCUUUAACGCAAUGA